AUGCAGCAGCCGCAAGUAGACACAGAUGCCAUCGGGGCCGGUGAGGGGCUGCAGCCUACAGCGCCCUGGUCGGCCUGGGUCUCGCGGCAGGGCUGGGUACGCUGGUGGGCAUGCCAUGUGCCCCGAAGCUGGACCCAGUGGUGGACCACAUCGUGCUGGCGGCAACCAUUGCAGCGUGUGCUGUGGGGUCUUGAAGGGAUGCUCUACCUGCUGUUGGCUCUGAUGCUGUGCCACGCACUCUUCACCACCGGUUCCCACCUGCUGAGCUCCUUGUGGCCCGUCGUGGCUGCAGCGUGGCGCCACCUGCUGCCUGCUGUCUUGCUGCUGGUGCUCAGUGCCCUUCCUGCCAUGCUCUUCACCACCUCCUUCCUGCUGCUUUUCUCCACACUACUGAGCCUCGUGGGCCUCCUCGCCUCCAUGUCUCACUCUAGCCACGCUCAGGACUUGGACCAAUAG